UGGAAAAUUACUGUCGUCAUGUCGCGGAUUCCGCUUUCCCGGAUAAUUUUUUUUCUGCUUGUGCUUGGAGUACAUACGAUUGUUGGAUUGCAGUACAAAUUAGUGAAUGUGGUAUUUCGCCAUGGGGACAGGACUCCCUUGAUUGACGACGACGAACCCUUUCCCACCAGCCCAUAUCUGAACUGGACGUUCUAUCCCUUCGGAUCGGGGCAAUUAACUAACGCCGGAAAACAGCGUGAAUACGAUCUCGGUGUUCACAUUCGCGAGAGAUACCGCGAUUUUCUAGGCGAUAUUUAUAAUCCAAGAUCGAUUAUCGCUCGUAGUUCAGACUAUGAUCGAACGAAGAUGUCACUGCAACUGGUGACGGCGGGAAUGUUUCCACCUGCACCUGAACAACGGUGGCGUCCAGCUCUGAAUUGGCAACCGGUUAUUGCUAACUAUGUGCCGUAUCCUGAUUCUCUACUGAGACCUAUGAGUUGCCCACGAUACAAGAAAGAGCUGAAAGCUGUGGAGGAAUCCCCGGAAGUCCAACUGGAACUCUCUAAGUACAAAGACUUCAUGGAAGACCUUACGGCAUUGACUGAAAAACCAAUAAAGCGUGCGAAGGAUGUAGAGGGGCUCUACAACGGUUUGAUGGCGCUGUACUCCAUGGGGCUUCCCCUGCCUGAAUGGACUGAAGGGAUCUUCCCUUACGGAAUCAUGCAUGACGCCGCAACCCUGAAUUAUCGAGUCGUCAGUUGGAACAGGAGGAUGAAAAUGUUGAAUGGAGGAAUGCUUCUGAAGAACUUCACUGAUAAUAUGUUUCUCGCGGCAACCGCAAAGAAUGAAUCUCCAGUGAAAAUGGUGCUACUAAGUGGCCAUGAGAUUAAUCUAACAGCUCUUUUGGAUGCUCUGGGAGUUUAUAAACCUCACGUACCGGCAUACUCCAGUGCCAUGUUUGUUGAACUACUAGAAGAUAAUAAUGAAUAUUACGUCAGGAUAUUCUACUACCUCGGAAUUCCGCAAGAAACAGUCCAAGUGAACAUCCCCAAAUGUGGGAGGAUAUGUCCUCUCAGCAGGUUCAUAAAAUUAUACUCUGACAUCUUCCCCUCGGCGGAGGAUGUCCAAUGUGUGCCAUAAUAUGAAUAGAAAAUUGUCCAGUAUUUUUCAUAAAAGAAUUUUAAUUUUAAGUUGAUGUGAGAAUUGAGAUUAAUAAACGUAUUUAUACUGAA